GGAGGGUAACUGGAGCAUAUCAAAGUAACCUUUAAUAUUUAUAUUAUAUACUAUAUACGUUAGGUAUAUAAUACCUAAGAUCGGCUAGAAAGGAGCAUCGACUGCUUCUCACCAUCAAUUAACAUUUGCUAAAACAUCCUGACCUGUUAUACUGCUCGAGCUUUGAUCAUAUUCACUAUGUCUACUACUACCCUUCCCUUAUCUUUAAAGGAGUCUCUAGACAACACCAAAGUCGAAUACCGUCGACUCGGUACCAGUGGUCUAAAGAUAUCAGUCCCUAUAUUCGGGUGCAUGAGUUUUGGUGAUACUAAAGCGCAAUCAUGGGCUCUCGACGAAGCAGAUGCUCUGCCUCUACUUAAGGCCGCCUACGAUAAAGGCUUAAACACCUGGGACACAGCUAAUGUCUACUCUCAAGGCGCCAGCGAAGUUAUCGUGGGGAAAGCUCUCAAGAAAUACAAUAUUCCGCGAGAGAAGGUCAUCAUCGCAACCAAGUGCUUCUGGGCCGUCGGUGAAACCCCUGACGUCCGUCAUUACGUCUGCGGGGAAGCCGUCAACAGCUCCAAGGACUACGUCAACCAGUACGGGCUAUCCCGCGCCGCCAUCUUCAACGCCGUGAACGCUUCCCUGAAGCGCCUAGACACGGAGUACAUCGACCUACUCCAGAUCCACCGCUUCGACCCCAACACUCCUAUCGAAGAGACCAUGAAGGCGCUCGACGACCUCGUUCAGUCGGGCAAGGUGCGCUAUAUAGGGGCUAGCUCGAUGUGGGCGGUUAACUUCGCGCGGAUGCAGUUCGUCGCGGAGAAGAACGGCUGGACUAAGUUCAUUUCCAUGCAGAAUCACUAUAACCUGCUGUAUCGCGAGGAGGAGCGUGAGAUGAACCGCUUCUGCAACGACACCGGCGUCGGCCUGAUCCCCUGGGCGCCGCUAUGCCGCGGUCACCUCGCGCGCGCGCCCGCGGACUUCGGCUCCACGGAGCGCAGCAAGCUCGAGAAGGACACCUCGCCGGGUUCGCACGGGACCGUCGAGCCCGACCUAACCAUCAUCAAGCGUGUGCAGGAGAUCGCCGAUAAGCGAGGCUGGAAGAUGUCGCAUGUAGCGCUCGCCUGGAUCAACAAACGAGUCUCUAGCCCCAUCAUCGGCUUCUCGAGCAUAGCUCGGAUCGACGAGGCCCUUGGUGCGAAGGGCAAGGCCCUGACGGAUGAGGAGGAGAAGUACUUGGAAGAGCUGUACCAGCCGAAGCAGAUUUCUGGCCAUGCUUAGGCGUGAUGUACGUAUGGGAGCUUGUAUAUGCGUCGGUAUUGGUGCUAUGGAAAGCUUGCGUGGUAUAAGCGCGGGUUGAACGCACGCUGGUUGGAAUAUGUAAAGUAUUAAGGGUAGAACAUGGUUAUAUAAAGCUACCUACUUAGGUACGGUCUGGUUUUGACUAUCAAUUUAUGUUUACGUGAAACUACAUUAUAUUUUACUUGCGUAUAGUAGGAUAUUAUAUUCAUCUAUAGCAG